CGGUAAGACAAGCUCUCUCCACCUCCACGCUAUGAUCCCCUGUCUUCACCUCCAGACUACACUGCUUACCAGUCUGACAUUGGGAGCUCAGGCAGGACCAACAUCUAACCUUGAAGGAGGAAAGGAAGAGCCAAUGGGGACCAAACAGUCCAGGGCCAGCUCCAACGACAAGGACCCCAAGAGGCUUCUGUUGGGGAAGAGACAGAAGUUCUCUUCGUGGGAUGAUACCCUGCUCUUGGGGAAGGACCCACGGUCCUUGCUGAAGCGUGGCAUGCGGCACGUCAGCUUCAGUCUAGUCACCAAAGGAAUGACAGACAUCCCAGAUUUUCUGUGGGGCUUGUUGGAGGUCCAGAAACUCAAUCUGUCCCACAACCAGCUCCGAGUUCUCCCGCCUGAGGUGGGCAGGCUGACCCGGAUCGUGGUCCUAAACUUGUGUGGGAAUUGCCUCAAGAGUCUCCCCAGAGAAGUCAGCCUCCUCCAGAGCCUCAAGGUCCUGUUCCUCAACAUGAACUGCCUGGCGGAGGUGCCAGCCGAGCUCAGCCUGUGCAGGAACCUGGAGGUGCUGAGCAUGUCGCACAACUGCCUAUCCCAGCUCCCAGCCAGCUUUGCAGACCUCUCCAGACUUCGGAAGCUGAACCUCAGCAACAACUACUUUGCUCACAUCCCCCUCUGUGUAUUCUCUCUGAAGGAGCUAGACUUUCUGCACGUGGGCUCCAAUCGCCUAGAAAACAUCGCCGAGAGCAUCCAGUGCCUGGCUAGCUUGCAGAUCUUCAUUGCAGAGAACAACAACAUCCACUCCUUCCCCAGGUCGCUCUGUCUCGUCACCAGCCUAGAGCUGCUGAACCUGAACAACAACGACAUCCAGACCCUCCCAGAUGAACUCUACCUGCUCUGCAGACUGGGGAGGAUUGCGUGGAACCCCAUGGACAAAGGACUGCACAUUUCCCAUAAUCCUUUAUCCAAGCCCUUGCCGGAGCUGGUGGAGGGGGGUCUGGAGAUGCUCUACAGCUACCUGAAGGACAAAAAGCACAACUGAGGUGGACAGCAAGAGGCAUGGACAUCAGACACAUGGACAAGGGUCAGCUUGUGUGGACUCCAUUAGCUGGGGUCCUUCUCUAGAUGAAGGAUUUUUAAUGUUAGUGUCUAUCAGUGCUGGGCUCCCAUUUGCUAAUUUGCUGUGGAGCAUUGGACCAGGUGAGAUAUUUGCCUUUUAACCUUAUCUGUCCUUAGUAUCCUGGUAUCCCUGACCAAGAAAAUAUGUUCAUCUCACUCAAAGUGUGACUUGAAGCAGGCUUUUGCGUUUUUCCAAAAGGAACAAACUACCCUAGCAGUGAGGCUUAGCUCUCAGUAACGUGAAUGAUAAGUCAAACUUGACAUAAUUCCAAGAUCAAAUAUAUACUUCUAUGUCCUGUGUGCCAAGCAGAGUGGGAAGGGCAGAAAUCAUUUACUUUUAGGUGUUUUCCACUCCUCCAAUCAAUAACCUGCAGUGAGGCGGCAUCAGCAAGACAAGUUCCUGUGUCAGCCCCAAGCAAGCUUCUUUCCAGAGGAAAGGGUAAGGAGAAGUUAGGCUCAGUGCUGUCUGGGACCAAAACAGGCAAAGCUGUCCCUUCGGGUUUGGGGAAAUGAUCAUAGGAACUAUUCCUUUAAGACGCCUACAGGAUCUGUAUCAGGGCUAUUCGUGGUUGUGUGUGCUGGUGACAACCAGAUGGCACUGUGGCUUUCAGGGAAUAAACAUGAUGGUCU